AUGAUUUGUAGCAACUGUAUUAAUGAGCUUACGAUAGCUUACCAGUUCGUGCUUAAAUGCGAAGCGUCCGAUAAGGCACUACACUCCUUUCAUACAAGUUAUUUUGAACAAAUUCAACCAAAAAUCGAAAUAGACAUCGAACUUGAAGACAUUAAAAGGGAAUUGAAUGAUCACGAUAAUUAUGACCAUUUCCUAUCUGAUGAAGUGCCUAAUGAGGUUGCAACUGGCGAAAUUAAAAGCAAACGGAAGGAAAGAGUUAGAAAAAAAUGCAAGAGAAACAAAGUUGGGCCAAUACAGUGUGUUAUUUGUGGGCUGCUUGUCACUAGCCCGUCAGCUAUGCAAAAUCAUAUGCGCACACAUACUGGUGAAAAACCAUUUAGUUGCUCAUUCUGCGACUCCAAAUUUCCCACCAAAGGUUCUUUAAAACGACAUAAUGAUACUUACCAUGCUGAGCGUGAAAGAAAAUUCACUUGUGAAACAUGUGGCAAUAGCUUUUUUAGAAAAAAUGACAUAAUAACACAUAUGAGGGUGCACUCUGGUGAAAGACCAUACGUGUGUCCAUUCUGCUCUAAGCGGUUCCGGCAAGUGGCGUCUCUUAUCCGGCACAAAAGGACACAUACUGGUGAAAAACCUUAUUCAUGUCCAAUAUGUGAUAAGAAAUUUGCUGAUAAAAAUCUUGUGCGGAAACACCAAAGUGUGCACAGUGAUGAGAAGAAUUUCAGCUGUCACCUAUGUAACAAAUCUGUAAAAUCUAAAACUGCAUUAAAUGCUCAUUUAAGUCUACAUACGAAUGAAAAACAGAAUAUCUGUAGUUUCUGUGGCAUGGCAUUUUCAAUGAAAGGUAAUCUGCAGACACAUAUUAGGAGGGUGCAUUCAGAGAGGUCUGGACAAUGCACUGUGUGUUUAAAGACAUUUUCAGACCUAGAGGUUCAUAUGCGUAAGCACACUGGAGAGAAACCUUUCAUAUGUGCUUCGUGCAGUCAAGCAUUUGCAACAAAACGAAGUCUUGCACAUCACAUGGUGUUUAAACAUGAAAAUGCCGCAAAAUUCAAAUGUUCAAUAGGCGAAUGUACAAAAUCAUUUCCAACAGCAACAAUGCUGGAGUUUCAUCUGUUAAAGCAGCAUACUAAUCACACACCAUACAUUUGCCAGUAUUGUUCCAGAGGCUUCUUUAGAACAAGUGAUCUCUCACGACACCUUAGAGUCAGUCACUUAGAUGUCCCGAUGAAGUCAACAUCUUUGAAACCUUUAGUUGUGAAGCCAUGUACAUUACAGUAUUCUUAA